UUAUCAUUGUAAUCUCUCUUCAUUCUGUUUAGCAUCACAUUGGGGUCACUCGAGAAGAGCUAAAGAAAAUGGAGGACUUGAAGCCAAGUGCCGCAAACUCGUCACCGUUAACGCCGUUAGGCUUUCUUGAGAGAGCAGCCACCGUGUAUGGAGACUGUACCUCCAUCGUUUACGGCAACUCCACCGUGUACACAUGGCGCGAAACGAAUCUCCGUUGCCUCCGCGUCGCGUCUGCUCUGUCUUCCAUUGGAAUUGGAAGAUCCGACGUUGUCUCUGUCCUAUCUGCUAACACACCGGAGAUGUACGAGCUUCAGUUUGCCGUUCCGAUGUGUGGCGCAAUCCUUAACAACCUCAACACGCGUCUCGAUGCACGAACCGUCUCUGUUAUUCUCUGCCAUUGCGAGUCUAAGCUGCUCUUCGUCGACGUGUGUUACUCCGAUCUCGCCGUCGAAGCGAUCGCUACGUUGCUCAAUCCGCCGAUUCUCGUCCUAAUCGCCGACCAGGAGGAGGAGGGAGGAGGAGCUGUAGUGACGGAGCGUUCAACAUUCUGUUACUUGUACAGUGAUCUAGUCAAGAGAGGCAAUCCGGAUUUUAAAUGGAUCCGACCCGAAAGCGAAUGGGACCCGAUUGUGGUCAACUACACAUCCGGUACGACGUCGUUUCCUAAAGGCGUGGUUCAUUGCCACAGGGGUAUUUUCGUCAUGGCGCUUGAUUCUUUAACCGAUUGGGCCGUACCGAAAAAUCCGGUUUACUUAUGGACCUUACCGAUAUUUCACGUUAACGGUUGGACCUAUCCAUGGGGAAUCGCCGCCGUCGGAGGAACUAACGUCUGUGUGCGUAAACUCCACGCGCCGUUAAUCUACCGUCUAAUCCGUGAUCACGGCGUGACUCACAUGUGUGGCGCACCAAUAGUGCUUCAGAUUCUAUCGGCGAGUCAAGAAUCUGAUCAGCCUCUUAAGAACCCGGUCAAAUUCUUAACCGCCGGUUCUGCUCCGCCGGCUACCGUGAUCCUCCGCGCCGAAUCUCUAGGUUUCAUCGUUAGCCACGGUUACGGAUUAACGGAGACAGCCGGUGUGAUCGUCUCCUGCGCGUGGAAACCAAAGUGGAAUCGAUUACCGAUGAGCGAUCAAGCGAGAUUGAAAUCACGGCAAGGAGUGAGAACCGUCGGAUUUAGCGAAAUCGAUGUAGUGGAUCCAGAAUCGGGUCGGAGCGUGGAGAGAGAUGGAGCAACGUUCGGAGAAAUAGUGAUGAGAGGAAGUUCAAUCAUGCUCGGAUACUUAAAAGAUCCGAUCGGAACACAAAAAUCGUUUAAGAACGGGUGGUUCUUCACCGGAGACGUUGGAGUGAUUCACGAAGAUGGUUACUUAGAGAUUAAAGAUAGAUCGAAAGAUGUGAUUAUUUCAGGAGGAGAGAAUGUGAGCAGUGUGGAAGUGGAGGCAGUGUUGUACACGAAUCCGGCGGUGAAUGAAGCGGCGGUGGUGGCUAGACCUGACGAGUUUUGGGGAGAGACGCCGUGUGCUUUUGUGAGUUUAAAACCCGGGUUGACCCGGAAACCCACAGAUAAAGAGAUUAUUGAGUAUUGCAAGAAGAAGAUGCCACGUUACAUGGUGCCUAAAACGGUGUCGUUUGUUGAAGAGUUGCCAAAGACUUCUACAGGGAAGAUUAAAAAGUUAUUGCUUAAAGAGAUUGCCAAAGAAAUGUAAAAGCAUUGUAAUUUGAUAAGUUGUAAUCUAUUUCAUUACGAUUAAGCAUAUGAUCAAAUAAAUUGAAAACAAUCCU